UCUGAACAAACCCAAAAAAAAAUAAUCAAAGAAAAAUAAUAAAAAACCCAAUUCACCAAAAAAAUCAUGUCUAUACUAAACCCAUUUCAAUUAUUAGAAUUAAAUGUAAUCUCAGCUCAAGACCUUUCUCCAGUCUCACGUUCAAUGAGGACUUACGCCGUAGCGUGGGUCCACCCAGAUCGAAAACUCUCGACACGUGUCGAUACACGUGGACACAAUAAUCCGACGUGGAAUGAUAAAUUUGUGUUUCGUGUCGAUGAAGAUUUCUUACAAAAUGACACGUCAGCAGUCAUGAUUGAAAUCUACGCUCUUCAUUGGUUUAAAGAUAUCCACGUUGGUACUGUACGGAUUCUUGUUGGAAAUUUGAUUCCGAACCCUCUUUCUCGACCAACUUCUUCUUAUGGCCACGGCCACGGUCACGGCCGCGGCGGUGGCCAUUUUCAUAAUCCUCAAUUGGGGAUGAGAUUCGUUGCUUUACAGGUUCGUCGGGCUUCGGGUCGUCCUCAAGGGAUUUUGAAUAUUGGGGUUGCUUUGCUUCAUAGCUCGAUGAGAAGUAUGCCUUUGUAUUCUCAGUUAAGUACCUCUGCUGUUGGGUAUAAGGAAUUAAUGGGUGAAGAAGACCCAAUUCAUCAUCAUCAUAAUAAUCAAAAUCAAAAUAAUAAUAAUCAUACUGUUCAUGUGGGUUUGUUGUCGGAAUUAAGGAGGACUAAGAGUGAUGUGAGUUCUUUGAUUGGGUCUGAAAACAGAGCUAAGGAAUUUAAAGAAGUUAAUAAGGGAAAAAAUAAGGGGAAAAAAUCAAGUUCUAUGGUUAAUGAAUCAGAGGCGAGUUCAAUUUUGAGAAGGAGGAGAAGGAAGAGUAGGAAGAAAGGAGGAAGCUCGUUGAUUAGUAGCGCAAUUAGUCGCCGGACGGGGAAGAGUAAUUUGGGGAAACCGAGUUCGGUUGUUAACAAUGGUGGUGGUGGUGGUGGUUCAGGUGAUAAAGGUGAUACGACGUCGUAUAAGGGUAAAACGGGAAAAGUGAGUUCUUUGAUUAAUGGUGUUUCAGAUGUUGUUGCGGUGGAACCACCUAAAAAGAGUAAAGGUACGAAAAAGAGUUCGUUAAUUAACGGUAAUUCAGAUGCUGACGUGGAUAUAGAAUAUAAUAAUAAUAAUAAUAAUAAUAAUCAUAAUGUUUUAGCAAAGAAAAAGGAUGUUAUUAAGCCUAUUUUGAAACCAUCUCCAUCGUUUGGUCGCGAAGCUGCGAUAGCGAUGGGGAUGGUUAAUGCCUCGCCGAGGGUUACUAAACCCUCGCCGAGGUUUAACUUGGUUCAACAGAAUGCCCCAAGGAAUGGGAAUAAUAAUUAUGUGAAAUCUCCGUUUCAUAAUGCGAAAUUUCAUCCUACUCCGAUGACGUAUGAGUAUGCAACACCGAGAAAAUCGACGCUCAUGACUAGCGGUGGGGCGUUUUUAACGGAAUCAGAGCUCGGCCCUUCUCCGUCGGAGGUGGCGGAAGCGAUUGCAAAACAACCUCAAGCAGUGGAGGAGACAGAAAGCUCAGUUCUUGGGGGAUGGAGUGUGGAUGAGAGCAUGGAAGGACUCCGAUCUAAGCUCGAGCGGUGGCGGACUGAAUUGCCACCGGUCUAUGAUCGCGGCGAUUUCUCAAGCUUAUCGGAGUCCCGCCAUGCUCGCCGCCACACUGAUGGUGGCGGCGACAAUGGUCUAUUUUCUUGCUUUAGCAAUAUUUGUGGAGUGGAAUGUUCCAUUGUUUGUGGGUCGGGUGGCGGGUCAGUCUCAAAAAAAUCAAGUAAUAGUGCCCGAAUUCGAAGUCCCUCAGCUGAGAAUCUCGUAUACAAAUAAAAGGGUCAAAUAUAAUGUGGUUCGGGUCGGGUUUUAUGUUCACCCGAACCUUAAAGAGAAUUAGUUCGUGGGAGCAGAAAGAGAAAAAGUCAAAAUGAAGAGUUCAAAGAAUUGUUAAACUUAUGGUGCAAUUUUUUUAUUUAUUUUUUUUACCAAUGUACAAAAGAGAAGGUACUAAUUGUAAGUGUUUGAAAUUGAUGGUCCAAACUAUUAUUACAGAAAACAAAUUGAUCCAAAAUUGUAUACAUUCUAUUAUUAUCUAACCUGAUUGUGGGGAGAAGUUUGGUCCGUAGUUUGAAAAAUUCUGUAAAAGUAUGAAUCGUGGUGUCAAUAAUUUUUAUAUAAUAAAUAGAUUUGAUUCUGAAUAUAAGCGGAUUAGGUCUGUAUUUAGUAUCCACUUAACCUAAGGCUAAAAAAAAAAUUAUAUUUUAAAAUUAUAUAUCUUUAUUG